ACAGAAGUAGGAGGAUUGGUGGAUGAUUUUGUAAUUAGCCAUCCCUCUUAUAUUCCCUUUCUCUUGUCUUCUCCGCUCUUUCUCGCGUCGGCCAAACUUUUCUUCCUUCAUAAUCGACAACAACUCGCCGGAGAUUGUACUUGUCCGGUCAGGGUAUUUCAAAAACAUAAAGAGAAUGAGAGCCAGCAGCUUUUCUAACUAUUUAUCGACUGAGCUCAGUGCCCGCCAUAGUAUCACUCCCGUUCACGGGUGUCCAAGACGCCGCAAAUUCGGCGCGACCUCGCCUUCAACCAAAUCCAGAACUCGUCGUUUGUCUAUUCAUUGUGCUGCUGUUCGGUUCCGGCCCUGCAUUGAUGUACACGAGGGGAAUGUGAAACAAAUUGUUGGGUCUACUCUUCGGGAUUCCACUGAGGAUGGUUCAGGUCUGGUGACAAAUUUUGAGUCCGAUAUGUCAGCUGCACAAUUUGCAAACUUGUACAAAGAAGAUGAUCUCACCGGUGGUCAUGUUAUUAUGCUUGGAGCUGAUCCUUUAAGCAAAGCUGCAGCAAUUGAAGCAUUGCAUGCCUAUCCCGGUGGCUUGCAAGUUGGAGGUGGUAUCAACACCGAGAAUUGCUUAAGUUAUAUAGAAGAAGGAGCCAGCCAUGUAAUUGUCACCUCAUAUGUGUUCAGUGAUGGUCAGAUGGAUUUAGAGAGGCUAAAGGAUCUUGUCCAUGUUGUUGGCAAGCAGAGGCUAGUAUUGGACCUCAGCUGCAGAAAGAAGGAUGGUAGAUACGCAAUUGUCACUGAUAGGUGGCAGAAAUUCACCAAGGUGUAUCUUGACGAGAAGAUACUUGAAUUCCUCGCCAGCUUCGCAGAUGAAUUUUUGGUUCAUGGGGUCGACGUUGAAGGGAAAAAGUUGGGAAUUGAUGAGGAGCUAGUGCAGCUCCUUGGGGAGCAUUCACCGAUUCCUGUAACUUACGCGGGUGGUGUGACAGUAAUGGAGGACUUGGAAAAAAUAAAGACAGCAGGGAAAGGGAGGGUGGAUGUUACUGUGGGGAGUGCUUUGGACAUUUUUGGUGGUAACUUGCCCUACAGAGAUGUCAUUGUUUGGCAUGCCCAGCAGCAGCUGCAGCAGGAAGUCCCCAUAGAAGAUGCCCUCUUCCAUCAAUAGGUACUUCCAACGCGUCGACCCCACGCCCUAGCAUACCCUUUCCCGCAGGAACAUCCACAAUAGCUCUAUUGUGUUUGACAUGAUCCACUUCUUUAAUAGUGGUAUCGGUAUCGCUGAACAACUUUUGAGUUUUGAAGGAACGAAUAUGCUCGAACUUUGUAAAAGAUGACUUAGAAUGAAAAGAUAAGAUGGAGAUGCUAGGUAUGAGAACCUAUUGGGUUAAGUGCAUGGUUGGUCAUUGAGAUUACAAAAAACAUUCAAGUUUGGUCACUCAAAAUAUUUAAAUCCAUUGGCCGUACUUCAGUUUACUAAAACCGUGCACGUUUGGUCACUCUCCGUCCAACUCCGUUAACUUUUGCUUAUGUGGCGGUCAACUCUAAAAAUUGACCGUUAAAUGCGUGACUUGACACUUUAAAAAUAAUAAAAUUAAAUUUUUAAA